AUGAAGUUGGAUAUCACAAAAACAUUUAGUCAUCAUUCAGAUAGGGUUAAAGGUAUUGAUUUCCAUCCAACAGAACCAUGGGUAUUAACAACUUUAUAUAAUGGUAAAAUAGAAAUUUGGUCAUAUGCAACAAAUGCAUUAGUUAAAUCUAUACAAGUAACUGAAUUACCAGUACGUACUGGGAAAUUUAUAGCAAGAAAAAAUUGGAUAGUUGUUGGAUCAGAUGAUUUUCAAAUUAGAGUUUAUAAUUAUAAUACUGGUGAAAAAAUUACUCAAUUUGAAGCUCAUCCAGAUUAUAUUAGAUCAAUUGCUGUUCAUCCAACAAGACCUUUAAUUUUAACUUCAAGUGAUGAUUUAACUAUAAAAUUAUGGAAUUGGGAUAAUAAUUGGAAAUUAGAACAAAUAUUUGAAGGUCAUCAACAUUAUGUUAUGAGUGUUAAUUUUAACCCCAAGGAUCCAAAUACUUUUGCAAGUGCUUGUUUAGAUAGAACUGUUAAGAUUUGGUCUUUAGGUAGUCCACAACCAAAUUUUACAUUAAUUGCUCAUGAUUCCAAGGGAGUAAAUUAUGUUGAUUAUUAUCCACAAGCUGAUAAACCAUAUUUAAUAACUUCAAGUGAUGAUAAAACAAUAAAAGUAUGGGAUUAUCAAACAAAAUCUUGUGUUGCUACUUUAGAAGGUCAUUUAUCAAAUGUUUCAUUUGCAAUUUUUCAUCCAGAAUUACCUAUAAUUGUAUCAGGUUCAGAAGAUGGUACAAUAAGAUUUUGGAAUUCAAAUACAUUUAAAUUAGAAAAAUCAAUAAAUUAUAGUUUAGAAAGAGUUUGGUGUAUUGGUAUAUUACCAAAAUCAAAUGUUAUUGCAGCUGGAUUUGAUUCUGGAUUUGUUAUAAUAAAAUUAGGUAACGAAGAACCAUUAUUUUCAUUAGAUUCAAAUAAUAAAUUAAUAUAUGCUAAAAAUUCAGAAGUUUUCCAAUCAAUAAUUAAACCAAAUUCAACUCAAGGGUUAAAAGAUGGUGAAUCAUUGAAUUUACAGCAAAGAGAAUUAGGUAAUAUUGAAAUUUUCCCACAAUCUUUAAAUCAUUCUCCUAAUGGAAGAUAUGCUGCAGUUUGUGGUGAUGGUGAAUAUAUUGUUUAUAGUGCAUUAGGUUGGAGAUCCAAGGCAUAUGGAAGUGCAUUAGAUUUUGUAUGGAAUAGUCAUGAUUCUUCAGCUGCUUGUUCUUUUGCUAUUAGAGAAUCAAAUGUAAAUGUUAAAAUUUUUAAAAAUUUUCAAGAAUAUUUACAACUAGAUUUAUUAUAUCAAGCUGAUAAAAUUUUUACUGGUGCAUUAUUAGGUAUAAAAUCUGAAGGUUGUAUAUCAUUUUAUGAUUGGGAACAAGGAAAAUUAGUUAGAAGAGUUGAUAUAGAUGAUGAUAUUACUGAAGUUGUUUGGUCAGAUAAUGGUGAAUUAUUAGCUAUAAUAACGUCAACUAGUACUGCAGGUAAAACUAGUGGUGUCAGUACUAUUGGUAAAAAAAGUGAUGAAACUUAUUUCUUAAGUUAUAAUCAAGCUGCUUUUGAAGAAGCUUUGAAUAAUAAUGAAUUAGAUGCAGAAGAAGGUGCAGAACUGGCUUUUGAUGUAUUAUAUACUUUACCAACUUCAGAAUCUAUUUUAUCAGGGAAAUUCAUUGGUGAUGUAUUUGUAUACACUACAGCUACCAGUAAUAGACUAAAUUAUUUUGUUGGAGGAGAAGUUAUAAAUUUAGGACAUUUUGAUCGUAAAUUUUAUAUUAUAGGAUAUAAUACAAAAGAUGGUAAAUUAUAUUUAAUUGAUAAAUCAUUUGAUGUUAUUUCAUGGUAUAUUAAUUCAGAAGUAUUAGAACUUCAAACAUUAGUUAUGAGAGGUGAUUUAGAACAAUUUGCAACGGAAAAUAUAAUUGAUGAAGAAACAGGUGAAGAAAUACCUGAUUUAACAACAAUCACAAAGGAAAAUUUAUCAGAAGAAUAUAAUAAUCUUAUAUCUAAUUAUUCUAAAACUGAAUUAAAUCAAUUAUCUAGAUUUUUUGAAAAAUUAGGUUAUUUAUCACUAUCAUAUUCAUUAUCACAAGAUUUUGAUUCAAAAUUUCAAAUAUCUUUAAAUACUGGGAAUUUACAACAAGCUUGUAAAUUAUUAUCAACACAACAAAAUGAAAAUCCAAGUUUAUCACAAAUUAAUAUACAAAAAUGGAAAAAAUUAGGAGAUUUAGCAUUAAAAAAAUGGAAUAUAAAAUUAGCUCAAGAAUCUUUUUGGUUAGCCAGGGAUUAUUCAAGUUUAUUAUUAUUAUUAUCAUCAUCAAAUAAUAAAUCACAAUUAAUAAAAUUAGCAGAAGAAUGUGAACUAAAAGGGAAAUAUAAUAUAGCAUGGCAAGCUUGGUGGUUAGUAGGAGAUAUAAAUAAAUGUUUGGAUUUAUUAAUAAAAAGUGGUAGAUAUACUGAAGCUAUAUUAUUUGGUACAAAUUAUGGAGUUGAUCAUGAAAAAUUAUCAAAUUAUAUACAAGAUUUUAAACAAAUAUUGAAAAGUAAGAAUAAAGAAAAAAUAAGUGAAAGAUUAAUUGAUGAUUUUACAAAUUUGAAUAUAAAUGGAAAUAAUGGUAAUGGUGGUGCUCCACCUUUAAUAAAUUUAGAAGAUGAAUCAAAAGAUGAGUCAAAAGAAAAAGAAGAAGAUGAUAUUGGUGCAAAAGAAACUGAGACAAAAGAAAUUGAAAGUGAAGAAAUAACGGAGGAACAAGAUGAUGCAAAUGGAGAAUCUGAAGUUAAAAAAGUAUAA